AUGAUGAGACUCGCGCGUACAGUAUACUUAGUGCUGUCACUUCUCUCAGCUGCUCUUGCGGAUAUCGAAUUCAUCGACCCAGCAGCCGGCACAGUCAUCAGAGCUGGGGAUGAGUUUACUGCUCACUGGAGGGAUUCCGGCACAUUACCCCGGCUUGCUUCACUCGUACAGUAUGACCUCUAUCUUUGUGCAGGCGGAGACACAGUGGGAUCCCAUGAGGACAUAGCUCUCCUCGCGAAAAACGCGCUUUUUGCCAAGGGCAACUCAGUUACGUUUAAGAUUGAUUCCGAGGUUGGCGGCAAUGAUGCAAACGCAUACUUCCUUAGGAUUGCCGCUUCUGGUCCUGAUGCCUCUGUUGUCAACUACUCGGAUCGCUUCACCCUCACGAACAUGACCGGAUCAUUCUCCCCGACGGUUAUCAAUGGAAUUCCUUCCGCUAUGUACCCUACAGACUCCUUUCCCCCGGCCCAUAUGGAUGAAAGUCACGAAGAAUUACGGAAGAGGCAGGUGGCUGGACCCUUUACGAUUCCCUAUCAGUUGCAGACUGGACCUACAAGAUACGCACCCAUGGCUAAGAAGCCUGGAAGUACGAUUCCGGUGGGAACACCAACCCCCCAAUAUCCAACGAGCGCGUAUUCCGUUGCUACAACAUAUCUACCUCAGGCUACUGUUCAGAUGACACUGUCCGCCUCAGAAACAUACUCCGUUAUUAGCAUUGAGAAUACAGCAUCUCCAGCACCGCAUGCCGGAGACACAAAAAUGAAACGGUUUUUGGAAAGAUGGAAAGAUUGA